CUUUACUUCUUUUUUGUUAUUUUUAUUUUCACCUUUGUGUUCUACUGUUGUGGUCUUUAAAUUGGGUUAGUAGUUUUACUUGUGCCCAUCAUAUCUAUGGAUGUAUGUGCUUAAAUUUUAGGGUUCUAUGUGUGUUUAGUUGGGAGCUGUUUAAGGAAGAUUAUCUUCAAUCUGAUUGUCUCUCAAGUUUGUUAUUUUAUUGUUUAGUCUAGUUGGAACUAUACAACUCUAGAUAUAAUUUGCUAGAUUAUGGUGAGGUUUGGUUCCUUAGUUAACAUAAAUUAACUAGCUAACAGGUGUUGGAGGAUAGACUUAUUUAUUUUAUUCUCCCCAUUACUUGUUUCCUUCUAUUGCUAGUCAUUGCCAGUGCAUUAAGAUUAUCUUCCUUAUUGAUAAGUGCAUUCAGGUUUUCUUCCUUUAAUCUGUAUAAGCUCAUGUUGUUUUUCCUUUACCCGCAUUCAUUCAUUUUUUCUUCUUUCUAUUCAUUGCACAUAAAAUGCUGAAGUCCAGUGUAGGUAUUCCUUUUGUUUACACAGUCUGUUUAUAUGAUUGAUUAGAUUUCUUCUGGUCUCGGGUCACUAAGUAGUUUCCUUAGUUAAAUAGUCAGUGGCAUCCACUUGGAAUGAAUUUUGGCCUUAACGUAACAACAGAAGCAGUUACUGAUAGACUCAGUAAAGAACAGUAGCUUCUAAUAUGUGAAUGUGACACACACACCCACAUUCAUUUUUCAUUCUUUCAAAAACUGGAAGGCAGCAAUGCAAGAACAUGCUUUUAGUCCCUCCUAAAGAUAAGUGUAGCAAUUGGGGUGGGGGGGCUACUGAUUGGAUACCUCACAGUGUGUUUGCAGGGUCAAGAUUCCUUUUUUAUUUAUUUUUGCUCUUACUAUGAUAUUCUUCAUUCUGUUGUUUAAUGCAGACAGCUCUACUGAUUGUUGAAGUAUUUAGGAUUAGUAUUUGAAUUUGUUAUUUGCUUUUUAGUAUAUAUGGGCUAAGGUGUACAUUUCAUGGGAGGCGUAGAGGAUGAAGAACCACCCUCAAAACGUGUAAAAAUUCACUCUGGAAAGUUGGGAGAUCUUUCGAACGGAAUGUCUCUUAGAGAGCCUGCAAAUUGCUCUCUAGCGUUCCAAGGGGAGGACGAAGUUGUUGGUUCAAAAGGAGUUGUCAAGAAAGUUGAAUUUGUUCGAAUCAUAGCUGAGGCAUUAUAUUCUCUUGGUUAUAAGAAGACUGCAGAACAACUAGAGGAAGAAUCGGGGAUACGUUUGCAUUCUGCAGUUGUAAAUUUGUUUAUGCAGCAAAUCCUUGAUGGAAAGUGGGAUGAAAGUGUAGCUACUUUACAUCGAAUUGGUAUAGUGGAUGAAACCAUUAUAAAGUUGGUAUCUUUUUUGAUAUUUGAGCAGAAAUUUUUUGAGCAUUUGGAUGGAGAUGAUGUCAUGGGUGCUUUGAAAACUUUGAGGACAGAUAUAGCUCCUCUAUGCAUAAAGAGUGAUCGAGUCCGUGAGCUAUCCUCAUGUAUCACAUCUCCUCCUCCAAAGGCUCUUGUUGGGAUAUCAAGUCUGGGUACUGUGAGGGUGAAGUCUCGCUCAAAAUUGCUGGAAGAAUUGCAGAGAUUACUUCCGCCUACUGUUAUGAUACCUGAAAAGAGAUUGGUACAUCUUGUUGAACAGGCUCUUGACUUGCAGCUUGAUGGUUGUAGGUUUCACAACUCUUUUGUGGGUGAAAUGUCAUUACUCACUGAUCAUCAGUGUGGCAGAGAUCAAAUCCCUUCUCGAACUUUACAGAUCUUGCAGGAGCAUAAGGAUGAAGUCUGGUUCUUGCAGUUUUCUUAUGAUGGGAAAUACUUGGCCUCAUCAUCUGCAGAUUGUUCGGUUAUUAUAUGGGAGGUCAAACAAGAUGGUCAAGUCUGCUUGAAGCAUCGGCUUAAUGGUCACCAAAAACCUGUCAGUUAUGUUUCGUGGAGUCCUGAUAACAAUCAGAUUCUCACCCUUGGAAUGGAGGAAGUUGUUCGACGAUGGGAUGUGGCAUCUGGGGAAUGUGUUCAUGUUUACGAGAAAAGUGGUCUAGGUUUGAUCUCUUGUGGAUGGGCUUCCGAUUGCAACAGAAUAUUUACUGGUGUUAACGACAAAAGCAUAGUCAUGUGGGAUGUAAAUGGUAAGGAGUUGGAAUGUUGGAAAGGGCACACCGAUAAGAUAUCAGACAUUGGGAUCACUACUGAUGGGAAGCAGAUUGUUUCUCUUGGUAAAGAUAAUAUGAUAGUUGUAUUUGCAUUGGAGUCCAAAACCGAGAAAUAUAUUGUGGAGGAUAAAGACAUAACGUCAUUCGUAUUAUCAAGAGAUGAUAAGAGUGUUCUGGUUAGUCUGUUCAACCAAGAACUCCAUGUUUGGAAUAUAGACGGAAGUAUCAAGUGUAUAGCCAAAUAUAAGGGCCACAAGCGGUGCCGCUAUGUUGUGAGGUCAUGUUUCGGUGGACUAGAUCAAGCGUUCAUCGCUAGUGGAAGUGAAGACUCACAGGUUUACAUAUGGCAUAGAGGGUCGGGAGAGCUUGUUGGGAUGCUGCGGGGGCAUUCUGGGACAGUGAACUGCGUGAGCUGGAACCCUGUGAACCCUCACAUGCUGGCGUCUGCAAGUGAUGACCGUACAAUUCGCAUAUGGGGAUUGGAGCAGGUAAACAUGAAGAAACCUAAGCCUAACGGCGUCGUUAGUAAUGGCGUCCACUAUUGCAAUGGUGGAACCUGAAAGCAUAAUCUCAGCAUGUUUGUGUUUUACCAAAGGUUUCUUUGCCAAACCAUUGCUUUUAUGUAAAUUCUUUUACAUCCAUGUCAAGCUCACAUUUAUAUGGAACAAAAGAAUGUGAAAUCUGCAUUCCCUUCAGUAAUAAACCUGUACUUUUGAUUCUCA